AUGGAGCAAGUACCACCAAUUUCCAACACUCAAAGUCCCGAAGCUUCAUCACUCAAACGGAAGCUUCCACUCGGCGCCAUAGUUUCACCCCUCAGCCCGUUUUUCAACGAAAGGGCCAAAAAUUGCGCACUGGAACAAGCCAAAGCAAAAGCUUUAGAAAUGGCACUCACUAUCAGCGAAAGCAAGAAUCGGUGCCGGUCCGAAUCUCAAAGCUCGAAACUUAGCGAAGCAUGUUCUAGCACAGGCUCAUUUUCGUCAUCAACAUCGUCGCACGACAGCCAACACUCUAUGGCAACGCCCAUCAGUACCCUGGAUGACGAAACACUUCCACCAAGUCUGCCACGAAUCUCGUACGAGGAUUGGAGUAAAUUUGGAAUUAAUCUCUUCACUCCAAAACUAUUAAACCCCCAUUCCAAAAUGUACUAUCACUAUCCAUCUGUCGAGAAAAAAAAGACCAACCUUAAUCACCUUACCGGCGGCAACCGACCCAGGUCAAAAUCUUCGACCGUGCACGGCUAUUCACCUCCACAAUUCCAAGACCAUCACAACACCAAUAGCCCUACAAACCCCCAUCCCAGCAACCAUACAAUGCAAACUCGACCGCAUCCCCGAAGUCCACUAACCCGAUUUAUCUCCCUGCGCCACCCCCUGGAGAGGAACUACACUCGAUAG